AUGGGUGGUUCUUCUCGACAUAAAGGAGAAGGAUCGUCAUCUAGAAUAGAAAUUACUCAAAAAUAUAAUAAUAAAAUUAAAAAUAACUUGGAGUAUCUAAAAAAGAAGAAUGAAUGUACUGGUAGAAAGGAUAAAGUAAUUUAUCCAAAUGAUAAAACACAGAAAGAUUUGAUUGAAGAUUAUGUGAAGAAUAAGAAAAAAUUCGGAGAUGCUUUAGAAAUGGCAAAAAAUCGAAAUGGAAAACAAUGGUUUGAUCGUUUCGAAAAUGAGGAAUAUAAGGUAAUUGGGGAAUACAAACGUUUCUAA